GGAGAGAGGAACUAAGCCUCACUCUCAGGCUUCUGGUGUGAGCCAUCAAGUGGAGAAGAGGAGCACCCUUGACAAGGAAAGAGGGCAGGAAGAAACUCAGCUGUGAAUAUAUUGGUUUUCCUGAUUGAUUAGGACACAGACCUACAGCAGCCAGAGCGAGAGCAAUGAAGACUAUGAGAUUCCUCCUAUAACGCCUCCCAACCUCCCUGAGCCAUCCCUCCUGCACCUGGGGGACCACGAAGCCGGCUACCACUCGCUGUGCCACGGCCUUGCGCCCAACGGGCUGCUCCCUGCCUACUCAUACCAAGCUAUGGACCUCCCAGCCAUCAUGGUGUCCAACAUGCUGGCCCAGGAUAGCCACCUGCUGUCUGGACAGCUGCCCACGAUCCAGGAGAUGGUCCACUCGGAGGUAGCUGCCUAUGACUCCGGUCGGCCAGGGCCUCUUCUGGGUCGCCCAGCAAUGCUGGCCAGCCACAUGAGUGCCCUGAGCCAGUCCCAGCUCAUCUCCCAGAUGGGCAUCCGGAGCGGCAUUGCCCACAGCUCCCCAUCACCUCCAGGGAGCAAGUCAGCGACCCCCUCUCCAUCCAGUUCCACACAGGAGGAGGAGUCAGAUGCCCAUUUCAAGAUCUCGGGAGAGAAGAGACCCUCAGCAGACCCAGGCAAAAAGGCCAAGAACCCAAAGAAGAAGAAGAAGAAGGACCCCAACGAGCCACAGAAGCCAGUGUCAGCCUACGCUCUCUUCUUCAGAGACACUCAGGCCGCCAUCAAGGGGCAGAAUCCCAGUGCCACCUUUGGGGAUGUGUCCAAAAUAGUGGCCUCCAUGUGGGACAGCCUGGGAGAAGAGCAGAAACAGGCAUAUAAGAGGAAGACCGAAGCUGCCAAGAAGGAGUACCUGAAAGCCUUGGCAGCCUACAGAGCUAGCCUCGUCUCCAAGAGCCCUCCGGACCAAGGUGAGGCCAAGACUGCUCAGGCAAAUCCACCAGCCAAAAUGCUCCCACCCAAGCAGCCCAUGUAUGCCAUGCCCGGCCUGGCUUCCUUCCUGACGCCCUCGGACCUGCAGGCCUUCCGCACUGGAGCCUCUCCCGCCAGCCUGGCCAGGACGCUGGGCUCCAAGGCCCUGCUGCCAGGCCUCAGCACAUCCCCACCACCACCCUCCUUUCCUCUCAGCCCCUCAUUGCACCAGCAGCUGCCACUGCCCCCCCACGCGCAGGGCGCCCUCCUCAGCCCACCUCUCAGCAUGUCCCCCGCCCCUCAGCCUCCUGUCCUGCCUGCCUCCAUGGCACUCCAGGUGCAGCUGGCGAUGAGCCCCUCCCCUCCAGGGCCACAGGACUUCCCACACAUCUCUGAGUUCCCCAGUGGCUCUGGCUCCCGCUCACCUGGCCCAUCCAACCCUUCCAGCAGCGCGGACUGGGAUGGGAGUUACCCCAGCGGGGAGCGUGGCCUCGGCACCUGCAGACUCUGCAGAGGCAGCCCACCGCCCACCACCAGCCCAAAGAACCUGCAGGAACCUUCUGCCCGCUGACCUGCUUGCUCCAGGGUAGCUGUGGACCCCACUCCUUGGCCUGCACACAGUCCCCUGCGUCCGGACUUCUGGCCCCAGCCCAAGCUCACCGGGCUGCCCCCCCCUCAAGGUUGCUUAGCAACAGACACCCACCCCAGAUGCUGGGCCAGCCACAGGUGUGCUCUCAGUGUACACAAAAGAUGCUGAAACCCACGCGCUGUGGGUUCCGUGUAAGUAGUUCACUGUUUUAGAACCGUGCUGAAGACAUCUGUAAGAUUAUUUUGUGGGGAAAAAGAAAGUUUCCUUUAAAGUAAAAAAAAAAAAAUUUUAUAAGACCUUUAGCACAGUUUUUUUUUUUAAGUUUUAUCUUAAGGGAGACAUGUGCACAAACAGCUGUCAAACUGAUUCUUAUCUGCACUCAGAGAGAAUGGGAGCUUUUAAGCCACAUCCAGGGCCGCCGCCUUCUUCUUCUUCUUCUUCUUCUUCUUCUUCUUCUUCUUCUUCUUCUUCUUCUUC